AUGGGGAGGUGGUUCGGAUGUUGGAAAUUUCGAGGUGGAAAAGCCCUGAUUGCUGGCAACAGCGACCACGACCACGACGGACAACCAAGAGAACAGCAGAGCAAGUCGCGUCAACAACAACGCGGAGUGACGCUUUCGAGAGAGCCUAUGUGCUUGAAGCCUUCACCAGUCACACCCCCACCAAACACCAUCAUCAGUCUGGAAAUUUCCGGAGUGAAUUGUUUUCACCUCAACCUAACAUCACGACAUUUCCGAACAACGAAGAGCUUUCCCCGGUCCCUUGCGGUUAAACUGAUUGCUUCUCUUGUUCAUUCCACUUGA